AUAUUUUUGUCAGUUUAAUAUUUUAAGAAUAUCAUUUUAGAAGUUUAUCCAAAAAUAUGAAGUCAUUUGAAAAGCUUUUGCAAAAAUAUUAAAUCGAGUUCCAAGUGAGUUAUGUUCUCCUGUUCUUUCUCUUUCUCUAUUUACAAACGAUAUCAGUGAUUUUCCUGCAUUUGUUCUUGUGUUUUCAAGAAAUAUCAGUGAUUUUUUUUCUCAUUAUAAAUUUAACAAUAUUGGCCUCAAUUUAAAAUUGUUAGGUAAGCUUUCCAAAUUAUUUAACAUUUUUUAUGUAAAAUUAUUUAAUAAUAUGAAAAGGAUUUUAGUUUUGUAAUAUUUAGCUAUUUUUGAUAUAUUGAUUUGUUGUAAUUUAUUAUAUAUUUUAUGAUAUUUUAAUAUUUAAACAAAAUUAUAUUUUAAAAGCUUAUCCAACAAUAUUAACUUGAUAAAAAUGUCAGGGCUUGUUGGUGUCCUUUCGAAAGAUGUUUCAUUCUCAUUUUACAUUUACAGAUGGUGAUGCUUCUGUCUCUACUAGGAAGUCAGUGGAGUCUCUGGUUUGGCUCUUCAGUUCUUUCGGUGGUAGAAAUGGGGGAGUUGGUUUUUGAUGUUGUAGUUAUUGGGAUAGUGUUUCUUCUUCACCGUUACCGCACUCGUAGAAAUCAGGAAGUGGAAGAAACAAGCAGUGUUGCAGAUUCUGUUCCAUCAUUUGAAAACAUCUCAGAAAGAGGUUCGGAGAUACCUCACAAUGACCCUACACACACACAAUUGAGGGUGGUAGCUGAUAUCACCCCUCCACCAGCCUAUGAAACCUUAGAUCUCAGCUCUUUGGGUGGGGGAUCUUCUCGCUCAUCCAGUUUACGAAGCAAUGUAUCUCAUCUAUCCCGUCAUGGAAACACUAGAAGAAGAUCACAAGGAGGAAUAAGGGCAAUGAACGACGCUGAAAAUGUGGAAUAAAGUGUUUUGGAGAAGGGGUAAAAUAGAAGGUCAAAUAGCCAAUUCUGGAAUUGGUGAAGAAUUGAUGGGUAGUUUAAGCUAUUGGUAAAGGGUAAUGUAGAAGGAUGAAAUAUAUGAAUACCAUAACAAUAUGCUUUAAAGUAUAUAAUCAGAUGUUGCAAAAAUUACUAUGUAAUGUAUGCUACCAUGCAUUAUGUAUAAACUACUUUUACUUUAUAUUAUGAUCAUUGUAUGAUUCUCUAUGCAAUUCACUGAUUUAUAAUCUACCAUAACAUUUACUACUUCUGCAAGUUGCUGCCAGUCAGUAACAGUGACUGGUCGAUACUCGGUGAUUUUGGGCACAGUUAGUUGCCAGUGGGUGGUGCUAGAUAUACCAAGUAACAGAAGAAUAAUGGGCACAGCAAGUUAAAUGAUACGUACUGUUUAACACUGGAUGGCAGUGAACAUGAUAGUUACAAAAUAGCAGUGGGCAUUAUCAUCUGCAAAUUACCUAAUGGUGGGGGUGUAACAAUGGGGUGAUGCUAAUUCAAAAUGUGGAAGUGGGCAUAAGAGGCCAUGUAUUCUUACAGGGCUAUUAGCUAUAAGGAGAUAUUAAUUUCCAGCGUGGUUGUGGGCUCAGCUGGUCGUAGAUUGGUAGAAGGCUCUAUUAGUUAUGGGGUUGAAUGGGUGAUUCUGAUUUGCAGUGUGCUUGUGGGAAUUUCGUAGAUGUCUCUAUAGGGCACGAGUUGAAAGAGGGGCUGCUUUUAACUGCGAUGUAAUUGAGUGCGGCUUGGGAUAGUCGUUCUGUGGCUAGCCACAUUUAUACAAUUUAUAACAAUUAGCAAUUGUUCCAAACUUGUAGUGGCUUCUACUGGAUAGUCACAUAUAACGAUAGGCAGUCCAUCGAGCCUCUCUGAUUAAUAUCACAAGUGAAAUGUUUUCAUGGUGUACAGAUAACUUUGCACAGACAUAUAUACAAAUCCACAAUAUAUUGUUCUAUAUACACUAUAAAUGAUUAACACUGUCUUAUACUGAAAUAAUAAGUUGGAACUGAGCUAAAAUAAAGAUGAUUCUAACCCUGCUGA